CGCUGUUACGUUCGUGGAGCCGCUAAGCCGCAGUCAGUCCAUGCUUCGGAGGGCAGCAUCAGCACUGCUGAACACCGGCACACUCCUCUCCGUGCCUUGGGCCAAAGUAUCCCCACACCCCGGACUUCUCGUCCCGCUAGCCAGCCGCCCCUUCUCCCUCUCGGCGUGCCUGCACAAGAAGAAGAAACAGAAGAGUCGUUGGUUGGUGCUUUCUGAAGGACAAAAGAUGGAUGGCAAUAUCGAAGAGGUGCUGGCUCCCUUGCGUCAAGCUGUAAAGGAACAGGGAGACCUGGUCCGUCAGAUGAAGACGGAUGGGGCUCCAGAUGUGGACGUGGCCAAGGCAGUGGCAGAACUCAAGGCCAGGAAGAGGACCCUGGAAGCCAAGGAACUGUCUCUCCAGCCCAAAGAUGACAUUGUGGACCGGACAAAGCUGGAGGACACACUCAGAAGGAGGUUCUUCUACGACCAGGCCUUCUCCAUCUAUGGAGGGGUGAGUGGCCUGUAUGACUUUGGCCCGGUGGGCUGCGCUCUAAAGAACAACAUCCUUUCGGUGUGGAGACAGCACUUCAUCCAGGAGGAGCAGAUACUGGAGAUAGACUGCACCAUGCUCACACCCGAACCCGUACUCAAAACCUCAGGCCACGUGGACAAGUUUGCAGACUACAUGGUGAAGGAUGUGAAAAAUGGAGAGUGUUUCCGUGCCGACCAUCUCCUCAAAGCUCACCUGCAGAAGCUGAUGUCUGAUAAGAAGUGUCCUGAAGAGAAGAAGACUGAGAUGAACAACGUCAUCACUCAGCUGGAUAACUACACCCAGCAGGAGUUGACUGAUCUGUUUGUGAAGUACAACGUCAAGUCCCCCGUAACAGGAAAUGACCUCACCGCCCCCAUCUCCUUUAACCUGAUGUUCCAAACCUCCAUCGGACCUGGAGGGAACAUGACAGGAUAUUUGCGGCCCGAGACGGCUCAGGGAAUCUUCCUGAACUUCAAGCGGCUGUUGGAGUUUAACCAGGGAAAACUGCCCUUCGCUGCAGCCCAAAUCGGAAACUCCUUCAGGAACGAGAUCUCGCCACGCUCAGGGCUCAUCAGAGUCAGAGAGUUUACGAUGGCGGAGAUUGAGCACUUUGUGGACCCUACUGAGAAGGUUCACCCCAAGUUCUCCAGCGUGGCGGAUCUGGACAUCCUGCUCUACUCCUCCAAGGCCCAGACCAGCGGCCAGUCCGCAUCCAUCAUGAAGCUAGGUGACGCCGUCGAGCAGGGCGUCAUCAAUAACUCCGUCCUGGGUUAUUUCAUUGGUCGUAUCUACCUCUACUUGACCAAAGUGGGCGUGUCAAAGAAUAUGCUGCGCUUCCGUCAGCACAUGGACAAUGAGAUGGCUCACUACGCAUGUGACUGUUGGGAUGCGGAGACCAAAACAUCAUACGGUUGGAUCGAGAUUGUGGGCUGUGCCGACCGCUCCUGUUUCGACCUGACGUGUCACGCCAGAGCCACCAAAGUGUCCCUCGCCGCGGAGAAACUGCUGAAGGAGCCCAAGGUGGUGAACGUGGUGCAGUUCGAGCCUAACAAGGCGGCCAUCGGCAAGGCCUACAAGCGUGACGCCAAGAUUGCCAUGGAGUACCUGUCCAUCUGCGACGAGUGCUUCAUUUCUGACCAGGAGAAACUCCUUGAGGAGAACGGUGAGUUCACCAUUGAGACAGAAGGAAAGAGUUUCAAGAUCACCAAGGACAUGGUGACCAUCAAGAGGUUCCAGAAAACGCUGCAUGUGGAGGAGGUGGUCCCCAAUGUGAUCGAGCCGUCCUUUGGCAUCGGCAGAAUCAUGUACACCAUCUUCGAGCACACAUUCCAGAUCAGGGAAGGAGACGAGCAGAGAACGUUCUUCAGUUUCCCCGCCAUGGUGUCGCCCUACAAGUGUUCCGUCCUGCCCCUCAGCCAGAAUCAGGAAUUCGUGCCGUUCGUCAAGCAGCUGUCAGAGGCCAUGACCAAAAACGGCGUGUCCCAUAAGGUGGACGACUCCUCAGGAUCGAUCGGUAGGCGCUACGCCCGCACAGACGAGAUCGGAGUGGCAUUUGGAAUCACCAUCGACUUCGACACGGUCAACAAGACGCCGCACACAGCCACACUCAGGGACCGAGACUCAAUGAGGCAGAUCAGGGCAGAGGUGAGCGAGCUGCCAGAUAUCGUGCGAGACCUGUCUAACGGCAACACCAGCUGGGCGGAGAUCGAGAGCAAGUACCCCAUCUUCGAGGGCCAGGAGACGAGCAAGAAGGACACCAGCGAGGAGUAGAGCAGCACAGCACCACCUGGCUGUGUGGAGCAGUACUGCAGGAGCCCACUAUCGCCCUCUGGCUGUCAUGUCUGCCGUUACACAUCAGCCAAAACAAACCACCCACCUGCCCCACCAUAAUCGCCAUCACCCCCUGAAAACACAUGGACAACACAACCCCCCACACACAAAACACAUGGACAAUUUUACACGCGGCUCCAUAGGAACAAUCUAUUGUGACUUCAAUCACAAUAAUCACUUCAACAACGAAAAUAAGAAUGAACGUGCACCCAGCAUUUUGUCCCACAAGAAAUCUCCAACAUGUGUAAAGAAAUCACAACAUCAAGGCUCUGAGACAUGUAUGUAAGCUUGUAACUCUGUAAUGUGUCUGUAAGGGAAUCAGACGGUUAAAUCUCUUAUUUACUCUCCCGGUCUCACCUUGCUCAUAUACAGAAAUGGCGGGGUCAUGCAGGAAGGCGGGUGGGGAUGUUUAUCUGAACAAAAAGGGAGAACGCAGCUGUAAUGUGGCUGGCGUGCGUGUGGGGGAGGGAAAGGAAGAGAGGCUUCGGCCAUUCCAGUCUACGAGCUAAUAAAAUGAUUAUGUCUCUGUUGGGAAGCUUCUCUGGGUUCAAUAAAUGGAGCCUACACUUUCUGGGCUUGUAUGGUUUUAUAUGAAAACGA